AUGGAAUACGAGGCCCAAUCUGCGGCCUUUCUGGUUCCUCGUUUACGUGAGCGAUUUUCAGAAGGAAUCUCGGUUCUUAAGGACAAGUUCUUGAUAGAUGACAUUGAGCAAAAAUCUCCGCCAAUUUUUCUAAUACCCGAUGACCUGGAAUUCCUUGACUUUCAUCAUCAGGAGGUUGUGGAGUCUGUGCCUGAAUUGCCCUCUAGCCCAGCCCCAACACCGUCUUUGGAAAAUGUUACCGUUAAAGAUCUUGACUCACUUGAUACAAACGACUUAUUCUCCUUUGUCUUGGACAAUGUUGCUUCGGAUAAUAAUCUACCGGACGCCCAAAGUACACCCAGGGACACACUUUCAUCUGCGUUCCGGACUCCGGUUCUUGACUUCAGUCAGCCAGAUGACGACAUUGACGUCCCUUCAGACUUUAUAAGCCUCCUGGAUCUGGCUGCGUCAGAUGACUUUCUGAAUGAUUCCAUGUCACUUGGGAAUGUGUCAUUGGACCUGGAGUCUGGCAUUUCUAGCCUUCAGCCCGUUUCGACGUCCUCUGGUGAUUGCAACGUACGCUCCUUUAACUCCAGUUCGGAAUCAGGCACUGAAACCAUGCCAGUCCCCCAGUUUGACAUGUGCUCAGAUGAGUUCGGAAAUUUCAGUGAUGGUAGCGAAGCUGAGGAAGAAGGAGAAGAAGAGCAGUUCACCAAGCGUGAUGAAAGUCGUCCCGGCCCAGCAACCAUGUACUUGCACAACGAAGAUCUUGCCCGUGGAAAACCGGGAGCUUUUUCUGCCUGUUUUAGACUUAACGUAGGUCGGCCAGUCCAGUAG